AUGGUUGAAGUCAAUGGUGGCAGCGACCUCUCCGAGACUCCGAUAUCUUUGACCAGAGUACCGAAACUGAUUUGGGGCCGAGCUUCAAUUAAUAUCUGCCUUGUCAUCAAGGAUGAAGGUGCUCGGGAUUUUGCCGACACCUUUCACAAGACCGCUGAGGAUAUAUUAACAGCUGGAUUCAAUAUUGCCAUUUGCAAAUAUCCGGAUUUCACGCCUGCGUCGCCAGAUAAAUCUACAUCCCUGGAACAACGACGCUCGAUAUCCCGCCUGUCCCUUCCCCCCGAGGUACUACAUGGCUUUUAG